AUGCAAUCCAUUACGUUUAUUAGCCCUUUCCCUACUCCAGCGGAACUCGGCUCUGGAAGUCGAACGGCGCGCUUCGCUACUUUGGCUGCAAAACCAAAAAGACAAAGAACGUUACGUUCGAAUGCCUCUCAGGAGAUUUUGCAUCGGGCAUUGGCCUUUCUUCGUGAUGAAUUCAAGGCCCGUUCUGCUGCCUCUGACCUGUUUCCUCCGGCCAUAUCUCCCAAAACGAUACGUGCAUCGAUGGGACGAUACGAGGAUGAGCUACCAGGCGCUUCUGCGAGGGGUCUGUGCGCUUCUUGUGGCAUGGAUGUCCGUGCGGCAAAUGUGGUUCACGUCGACAUCCAUGAUCCUAUCCUGAUGCCAUUGGUCAAUCACCUCAACAGUUGCGGCCUACACGGCAACCGCUGGAGCCUUUACUUGUUAUGCCACAAUGCACUUGUCCGGAAGACCAUCCCAAAGUUUUCUGGGGAAAAACUGGUUAAUGUGGCCAUGUGUCAGCACUACCCAUCCUCCUAG